AUUUAAAUCUAAGAUUUUUACGUGUUUUUUGCGAUUAAUAAUAAGCAAGAGGAGGAGGCAUGUAGCGGUAAUGUCGGCAUGAUAUUCCAUUUAAAGAGAAAAUAUAUAUUACUAAUAAUUAAAAUGCUAAAAUUAUAAUCACAUGUAGAUUUAGUGAGAGAAAAAAGAGAAGAAAAAAAAAAACGGUUGCGAUGGGAGAGAGAGUUACCGGAAAAGCAGAGGAGCAGCAGCGGCGGACCACCGCCGGCGACGGCUCGAGCUCGAAAAACGACGUCGUCAGUGACCGUCCCAUACGCGUCUACGCCGAUGGAAUCUAUGAUCUCUUCCACUUCGGCCACGCUCGUUCCCUCGAACAAGCGAAGAAGCUGUUCCCCAACACGUACUUGCUGGUUGGAUGCUGCAACGAUGACACUACUCAUAAAUACAAGGGGAAGACUGUUAUGAAUGAUGCUGAGCGAUAUGAAUCCCUUCGUCAUUGCAAGUGGGUGGAUGAGGUUGUUCCUGAUGCUCCUUGGGUAAUUAAUCAAGAAUUCCUUGACAAGCACCGUAUCGAUUUCGUGGCUCACGAUUCUCUUCCUUAUGCAGAUGCUAGCGGAGCUGGAAAUGAUGUUUAUGAAUUUGUGAAAAAAGUUGGACGAUUUAAAGAGACUAAAAGAACCGAUGGAAUUUCAACUUCAGAUGUCAUUAUGAGGAUAGUGAAGGAUUACAACCAAUAUGUGAUGCGCAAUUUAGACCGCGGAUAUUCAAGGAAAGACCUUAAUGUCAGCUACGUUAAGGAAAAGCGACUAAGGGUGAAUAUGAGGCUGCAAAAGUUGCAAGAGAAGGUCAAGGAACAACAAGAAAAAGUGGGGGAGAAGAUACAAACUGUCGCAAAAACAGCCGGCGUGCAUCCCAAUGUGUGGGUCGAAAAUGCUGAUCGAUGGGUUGCUGGGUUUCUCGAGAUGUUUGAGGAACGUUGCCACAAAAUGGGGACGGCCAUUAGAGAUCGCAUUCAAGAGAGUCUAAGGGGACAACCGGCAAAGGAUUAUAAUACGAGCAGCGAGGAGGAGGACGAGUAUGGAGAUGAUGACGAUGAUGAGUACUACUACGACGAUGAAGAUCUCAACGAUGAGGAGGAAUACUACGAAACUGAUCUCAAAAGCGACGCCAAAAUCAACGCCAAAAGCGAUGCACCAUGACUUGUAAGUUAUUCCUUUGGUUGGUGCAAUCUGCAUACUGCUCAACUUGUGUAAACUAUUCUUUUUCUUGUCGACUUGAUAAGCUGUUGCUGUAUUUCGUUUCAUCGUUUGUUUUUGAUUUUUUGCUUUUUGAAAGCCAUUCAUUAGUUUAGAACUUCAUAGUUGAAACUGUAUAUGCUUGUGAAACUUUGCCCUUCUAUUUAGUUUAUAUUUGUUGUUUAUGUUCA